AGCACCAAGGUGGGGGCCCUGGGCAAGCACCAAGGUGGGGGCCCUGGGCAAGCACCAAGGUGGGGGCCAUGGGCAAGCACCAAGAUGGGGGCCAUGGGCAAGCACCAAGAUGGGGGCCAUGGGCAAGCACCAAGAUGGGGGCCAUGGGCAAGCACCAAGAUGGGACAUCUGAGCCUAGGUGGGGCCAAGUCCCAGACAGGGACAAGAUAUCUGUGCAGAGGCCCCCUGGCAGCUGGCCAGCUCCACCCCAGUCUUGACACUGAGGACCUUCCUGUCUCACACAGGCAAAAAUUGUCCUGAACAAAGUCAGGAGCCAGCACAGCUGCAUGUUUCCUGCCCACUGGCUCAGUCUGGGGCUUGUCAGGUUUCAUCAGGGAGAGAUCAAACAGUCUCAGUCCCAAAGGACGGUUUGCCCCUUAGUCACCAAAGGGGUGACAUUAGUUUGAGUGCAUUCUGAACUCCUGGCACUGCACCCAGGACCCCAUCUCCUGAAGUCAGUUUACAGAAUGUCUACUUGCUUUCAAGAAGGUAAAAGGCCAGGAAGGGCCUUGGGCAAGUGUGCCCGAGCACCCUGGGUGGCAACAUCCUGUCAUCCGAGCCCCCGUCAGAAGCUGGACCAGCACGGGCAGGCGCACAGGGCAGGAGUGAGGUGUGCAUCCUGCUCACUACAAGUGCAGUCUGGUGGAAGAGUUAGGGCACAUGGUGCUAGAAACAUCUUUCCCACACACCGCCCUGGCUGGUGCAGGCUCCCUGGGCAGCUGUCUAGACACAGGUCCUCGCCUCUCACACCCGUGCUGAUGGCCCUGCUCUCCUUCCUCUAGCUCCUCCAACUCCUCUGCUGUUUAUGAUUUCUGAGGCCCGCUCAGCAAGUGGAGCCUCAGAAACCUGUGGGGUCCACUUGGUCUGGGACCACCUGCUGUUCCAGUUGCUGCCCCUCGUCAUGGUCACUCUUCAUGGAUCCAGCUGAGUGCUUCCUUAGCAUGUGUGAACAGAGGCGUGGAUGCAGCCUUGCUUGUUCAAUAAGAUGAAAAGCUGUGUGUUCCUGGCCUAUGCCCUCCAACUCUGGAGAGUCCUUGCAUCUGCUGGGCUUAGCCAGCUUCAUCUUGCAUGCUGGGUAGAAGAAUGGGCCUGUUGGACAGUAAUUUGAGGUUCAUCUUCUGUGGGAGGAUGUUUGCCAGGCUCAGGAAAAUGAGCUGUCGUAUAGCUGAUGCCCAGCUGCUGGAGGGUAAUUUAGCUGACAGUUCCAACUAAUUUCCCAAACUCGGGCUAGAGGCAAUAGCCAGAGUUAGCCUGGAGCAGGGGGCUCAUCAGCUACAUGGCUUCCACUAGAAACCGACUCCUGUUCCAGCUGCAAAUGUGACCUAGUUAAAGAAAAGAGGCUUGCAUACAGCCUUGUUUCCAUUACUCAGAACUGUACUGACUUCCCCCAGAAGCCCACCUGUCCAUGACUUCUGUGAUGAUAGAUUAUGCUGGCUUUGAAGAGUCCCUGGCAGCCAGAGGUAGGCACACAGCCUGCCUAAUAUGGCUUACACAUCUGAUGAGACAACAUGCAAUGAAUACUGACUGGGUCGUUCUAAAGCAGCACCUCUUCAUACUGGGCUUGGUGUCUUUUGGGUCCAACUGGGGAAGUACGCUGGUAGAAUUCAUUAGAGCCACCUCUCAGGGACCAGUGCCUGCUGCCUAGAAGACAAUCUAAUUGGUGGCUUCUGCCGCACAGACCCAGGGUUGAAAAUGAAGUGGGUAUGGACUGCUCAGCAGGCCAUCUUCCAGCCCUUCAGCUUUAGGGAAUUACUGCAGAGAUGGUGUGGAUGCCUGAUGCAGUCACUUCCCGCAGGGCAGCGGUGGCCUCGGGCGUGGCUGUUGUCCACCCUAACAGCUGCACUAGACCUGCUUGAGCGGUAGCUGUAACAUGAACCUUUGCAACCAGCUCAGGAGCAGGGCCUCACUGGGAGGGAGGGAGGGAGGACCCUCGUGUCAAUCCACAUUUUCUAUACAGGAGCACUGGACAGAUAGAAAGCAUGACUGAUUCUUGCUGUUGUUACAUUGUGAGAUAACAGCUAGGUGGCCUCGAGUUUGCAGGAUUCGCACUGAUUCCUCCGCUGUAAUCAGAGCUUGGGGCUGGAAAGUCUCCUUUCUCCCUUUCCUUCUGCCUUGGGAGGGCUGCAGCUCUGGGGAGCUCAUUGGAUUCUUGGUCUUUCCCAAUCAUUGAGCCACCUGGCUCCAAAGCAGGGGUAUCUUCAGGAUAGUGCCAGCUGCAGGGGCUGUCACACAGCAGAUGUGGGCAGGGGUGGCCUGGUGUACAUGUGGAAAGGACAGCCACAACAUACUGGGAGGAUUCUGUGACUGUCUGAAUUCCACUUGAAAUAUUGUUUUAAUAACUUUGCUAAGAUUGCUUUAUCUCGGGACUAUAUUCCUCAAGCCAAGAAGGGAAGGCUUGGCUGACCUGAGUCACAAAGCUCCUGUGUUCAAGAAAGACCACCUCCGGCCCCUGUCUGCAGGUUCUGUCCACCCCAGGGCAAUGAUUAGGAGCCCUCUCAUUCUCCAGAAUGUAACCCCGUCCAUCCGGCUGCAGCUGCCUGGCUUCCUCCUGACUGAGGCCUCUUUGCCACUCAUUUGCCUCUCCUGCUGCUAACAUCUGACUCCUGUCCUUGAGAGGUCUUUGUGUGUCCCAUAGGAGUGUGCCCUGUAGGUGAAUGUCCUAUAGGUGCAUGCCCUGUGAGUGCGUGCCCUGUGAGUGUGUGCCCUGUAGGUGUGUGCCCUGUAAAUGUCCUGUAGGUGUAUACCCUGUAAGUGCAUGCCCUGUGAAUGUGUGCCCUGUAGGUGUGUGCUCUGUAAAUGUCCUGUAGGUGUAUACCCUGUAAGUGCAUGCCCUGUAAAUGCCCUGUGUGUGCCCUUUAAGCAAGUUGCACAGAAACAAUGCUUUUUUUCCCCUGCUGCAGGGAGUGUAUCCCAUUGAUCCUCAGAACUGAUGAAAACCAGGACCCCAAGCUGAGAUGUGUCACACCCUGAGUCUGUCUACACCCCCCACACACACACACCCCUCCAUUCUUCUAGGAGCUAUUGGUGAUUGGUGCGGUGGUCCAGCCUCUGGCUGCUGCUGUAUAACCCCUGGGGGCAGUCCUGGACUGACCUCUGUCCUCUUCCCAGCACCACCCAGCAGGGUGGGCAUGCUUGUGUCUACCAGUUUGUGGCAACAUUGGGACUUGAACCCAGCUUUGUUGUCCCCAGCUCUGCCAGGACCUUAGAUUUCCCCUUGGUGAACUUGGCCAGUCACGGUGGCAGGAAAGCAGCGGUAGCUGAAGAACCUAGGGCAGCGCCUCUCCCGCCCCUGCCCGCCUCCUAGCCAGCCUGCUCCUCCACACCCCUCCCAUGCCCUCCUGCUGAGUCUUCCACCUCUCCCACCGCCUAAGCCUUCAUUAGCCUGGGUCAGUUCCGUCCGGAACCCUGACUGUCCCCAGCCCACAGUUCUCUUGUCUCCAGCUCCCUGCCACCCCCUGCAGGCCAUCCGUAGCUCUGCUUUCCGCUCGACCCUGCAUCCCUACCCGGCUGCUGCCUGGCUCUUGCCAGUAUGGCCCUUCUGGCCGCCUUGUUCCUGAGCGCAGCCCUGGGCGCCCUGCUCAGCUUCGCGCUGCUGGCAGCUGCGGUGGCCAGCGACUACUGGUACAUCCUGGAGGUGGCGAACCCUGGCGGCUCCGGUGGUGCGCAGCAGCUCUCCUCCCACUCUGGGCUCUGGCGCACCUGCGAAGGGAAGAACAGCUGUGUGCCCCUGGUUGACCCGUUUGCCAGUGAGAGCUUGGAAGCAUCCCCCUCGAUACAGCACCUUCUCUUGCUACAUCGCACCGUCAUGGUCGUCCUGCCUCUGAGCCUCGUCCUCAUCGUGUGUGGCUGGGUCUGCGGCUUGCUCAGCUCCCUGUCCCGGAGUGUUCCUCUGCUGCUCCUCACUGGCUGCUACUUCUUGCUAGGGGGUGCCCUGACCCUGGCAGGGGUCAGCAUCUACAUCAGCUACUCACACCUGGCAUUUGUGGAGACUGCCCGCCUGUAUGGUCUGCAGCACGUGCAGAGUGUGAACAUCAGCUUCGGCUGGUCACUGGCCCUGGCCUGGGGCUCCUGUGCCUUGGAGGUGCUCAGUGGUGCCCUCCUGCUCACAGCUGCCCGGUUCCUCAGCCUGAGCCAACGCCCAGGAAUGCCCCACUGCGUGAUCAUCUGAGUCCCAGGCGGCGGGCUGUGUGGAGAAGGAAGUGCACUCUUGGCCCUUGCUGGAACCCUGACUAGGAGGGUGCCCUGGGGAUGGCAUGCUGGGGAAGUACUCUUUCCACUUCAGCUGGACACGAGAAAGGCAGAUGAUAGCCAGCGUCUCAAGUCAUGGCACAGUCUGCUGGGGUGCCUCAGGGUUCUGGGUGCUCAGGGCAUGCUCUUGCUCUGGGGGCGCAGACCACUCCAACCCUCAGGAGCUGAGACAGUCCCAGUCUGUGCUAGGAGCUGCCUGAGUGCUUCCUGAGCACUUCCUUACCUCUCUAUCCCUAGUCAUCCUAUGCCACAGAGAGGGAGACUGAGGCCAGAAACCCGAGAACAGAUGGCAGAUCCGGGUGUCACUGCAGUUCGACACCUGGGUUCUGUUUUGUUCCCUCUCCCAAGGGGAGGUUGAUGGGAGGAGGCUUGGGGCUGAAUGGGAGGGUACAGUCUAGGUUUGUUUUCAAGCCACCAAGUGGGUUACUUACUUGAGUGCUUCCAGGCAGGGUGGACCUUCGCGUCUCAGUCCUUGUCUUGGUACAGGCUGCUGCCCUGCUGGCCUGGUACUUCCUCUUUACAGCAACAACCAGGAGGCUGUCUGAGACUGGCCACAGUUGGGGUGAGCUGGGGCCAUGCCUGGCCUGCCUCCUGGUUGCCUGCAUCUCUACUUGUGCUAGAUUUGGCUGCAGGUGUGGAUGGGUCAGCUCACAGGCUGCCUGCAGCCUACUCCCUGUUGGGGACAACAUAGGUGGGAACUGAAUCAUCUCUGGCCACGUAAGAGGGGGCAGACCUGUGUUUGCGUGACUGGACAGUGGAUGGCUGUUAGGUUAGGGGCUGUGCAGUACCUGAAAUCCCCAAAUAGCCCUGAUUCUGGUGCAGGCUCUUCCUUUGGGGUAUGCACUAGGGAAGGUAGUCCUUGUCAAGGCUUGGUCCCAGCAGUGUCCCCAAGUCACUUUUGAUUGCCUCUAAGGAUAUGGGAAGGUCCUGGGGAGCAGGGGAGUACUUUGUAGGGUUUAAUGUGACCUACUGAGGGCAAAGGUCUGGAACUGAUGGCGACCUCCCUUCCAAUUUGUGUUCUAAUCUUUGCCAUUCCAUGUAGGAGCACUGCUAAGUGUCUGAAUAAAUCAGCUGCAAUGUA